AUGGAGUGGUCCAUGAGUCGACAGCAGCGGAAAUGGCUAAUGUUCAAAGCCGUCGAAAUCAUUGUCGCUCUCCUGUACGGGCAGCGCGAGACGAGGAGCCUCCCCGAGUUUCGGUUCAAGAACGCUGAAGUGCUCGCCGUGCACGGGGACUUGCAUUCCAGCAUGGAGCUCCGCGUUUUGGCACAUGACGCCAUCACGUACGUGAACGUCGACGAGAAGGCCAUGGCGAUAUACCGCCGGGAAGGCCGGAGCCAUGUGAUCGAUUUGCCGAGUGGGAACUGGAACGCGGCCACAUUUGACGUCGACGCGCACUCGGACGAAGUGAUGUUCACUUCAUUCUCCCAGACCACGCGGUCCGGAGUCAACAACGCCUGGCACCCGUACAGAGUGGAUUACCUGGACCUUGUCAAGGUGCAAUCGCUGAAGAAUUCCACCGAGGUCCAGCAACUGCACCAAUCGGAUUUCCUCCAGGUGGUGACCCAUCCCUACUUCGACGUCCCAGUGAUAAUGAAGCUCACCAAGGGCUCGGACAUUGCGCCGAAGUUUCUGGGACAUGUCACCGAAGAUGGGCGCGUCAUCGGCUUCCUUCUGGAAUAUCUGAGAGAUGCCCAAACGCUGUUCUCCGUCGGGUCAGGCGAGAAUUAUGAUGCUUGCGACGCUGGAAUUAGUCGACUCCUUGAGAAGGGGAUACGGCACGGAGAUGCUCAUCCGGGGAAUUGCAUGAUCCGCCCAGACGGCUCUGCCGUCUGGCUUGAUUUCGAGCUGUCAAGCUUGAUAUAA